AUGCAAUUAAAGCAUACGAAGGCACAAACGUGUGUUGAACUUCACUUCGUUGCACUUCGUUACGUUCAACUGUUUAUAGAUUACAGUAGGUUUAUAGGUUACAGGUGUGUUGAACUUCACUUCGUUGCACUUCGUUACGUUCAACUGUUUAUAGAUUACAGUAGGUUCAUAGGUUACAGGUGUGUUGAACUUCACUUCGUUGCACUUCGUUACGUUCAACUGUUUAUAGAUUACAGUAGGUUUAUAGGUUACAGGUGUGUUGAACUUCACUUCGUUGCACUUCGUUACGUUCAACUGUUUAUAGAUUACAGUAGGUUCAUAGGUUACAGGUGUGUUGAACUUCACUUCGUUGCACUUCGUUACGUUCAACUGUUUAUAGAUUACAGUAGGUUUAUAGGUUACAGGUGUGUUGAACUUCACUUCGUUGCACUUCGUUACGUUCAACUGUUUAUAGAUUACAGUAGGUUUAUAGGUUACAGGUGUGUUGAACUUCACUUCGUUGCACUUCGUUACGUUCAACUGUUUAUAGAUUACAGUAGGUUCAUAGGUUACAGGUGUGUUGAACUUCACUUCGUUGCACUUCGUUACGUUCAACUGUUUAUAGAUUACAGUAGGUUUAUAGGUUACAGACAAGUGACAUAA